GAACGUGAAUUAUGGUAACAAGCGGUUGUUUAUACCGGAAGUGGGGCAGGCUUUUCGGAAAUUCGGUCGCUCGUUUUUGUGGCUUUGAAGCCAUGGUUGGGUCCGACCACCGGGUCUCUUAUGAGGUAACCGGGCCUUGAUGGUUCGGGAUGUUGGUCGGUUACAGCAGCAGCUCGGAGGAGGACGGUGAACCCGGAAGGGAUGCGCCGAAUCGGGGCAGCCGACGGCCGGCGGAGGAUGAUGAGGGUAACCGGCACCUUCCGGAGAAGAAGAAAGCCAGAACCGAGGAGCUGGAUCCUAAAACGAGGUUGCCGCUGCCCGGUUGCCUCCUGAGCAUGUUUCCUGAUGACGAUCACGACUCACAGACCGAAGACAGCUCCCUUCAUGGUGGACGCGUCCGCACCUUCAAGCACGAGAGAGGAAACUGGGCCACUUACGUUUAUCUGCCAUACUCUCCCGAGGAGGAGUUUGAGGAGCUUUUGGAGGAGGUGCUGUCAGCCUUGGAGGCUCAUGGUCUGAUUUUGACCCGGCAGGAGGAGUUCCACCUCAGUGUGUCUCAGACGGUGGUGCUCAGACACCACUGGAUCCAGCCGUUUAUACAAAGCCUCAAGGCAGGCCUUUCUCCCUGCAGAAGGUUUGUGUGUACAGCAGCAACACUGAAGGUCUACUGCAACGCUGAGAGGACGAGGACAUUCUUGGGGAUGGAAGUGUCCACCGGGCACGCUCAGUUGAUGGAUCUGGUCCGGGUUGUCGACAAAACAAUGACAGACUUUGGAUUGGACACUUUCUAUAAGGAACCAUCUUUCCACGUGAGUCUGGCUUGGUGUGUGGGAGAUCUCACAGAGAAGACAAAGGAGAUCUUAGAGGAGCUGCAGAGUCUGGUAGAUAAUCGGGAAGAAGGACCGUUUCUGUUGACGUUGCCCUGUGCAGAAGUCCGCUGCAGCACAGGAAAUAAGACUUUUCGCUUCCCCCUGAAGCCGUGAAACCCUCACGACUGAACAGCUGCGGUCUGUGCGACGAAAACACUGACCAGAUGUUACAGAUCACAGCUUUUGCUGUAUCAUACCAUACAGCCUCCAAGGACAAUUCAGAGACACAGAUUAUUUUUAUAUCAAAGAUAAACUAUUUGAUUAAACCUUCUUGUUUUA